UUUGUAUAUGUAUAUUUUGUUAAAAAUGUUUAUAAACAAACUAAAAAAUUGUUCACAUAAUACAGUAGUAAAUACAUCUAAGUGACAUUAUCGUAUUUAGCAGGUGUAGUUUCAAUCAAUAGUAAUGCCAAGAAUAUUUUACCUUGUAAGUGCUUAUUCCCUGUGGACAAGUUUCAAGUAAACUGAUAAAAUGGAGACACCGAUAAUAGGAAUUUUGUCACAAGAGACAUAUAUAGUGAGCAAAUAUUUACCCGAAAGGCACAACUAUAGUAGUUUCAUAGCAGCUUCGUACGUGAAAUUUUUGGAAAGUGCCGGUGCUAGAGUCAUACCAGUAUGGAUAGGACAGCGAAAAGAAUAUUAUGAAAAAGUUGUUAGCUACACAAACGGAAUACUCUUUCCCGGCGGAGGUACAUAUUUUAACGAAACUGAUGGAUAUGGAGAGACAGCAAGACAGAUAUAUAACUUAGCCGUAGAACUGAAUAAUAAGGGCAUUUACUACCCCGUAUGGGGCAUAUGUUUAGGGAUGCAAGCUUUAGUAUUCUCACAACUUGGUACUGAUAUUAGAAUUGAUCGAAUACUCAAAAACGUCGCCCUUCCGUUAGAGUUCAUCGAAGGUUACGAAAAAAGCAAAAUGUACUCAAGAACACCAAAGCAACUCAUACAGAUCUUAGGAGCGAAGAAUGUCACAUACAAUUUCCACAGGUACGGUCUAACUGAAGAUGUUCUCAGAAAACACGAGAUUCUAGACGAUUGGAACAUUCUGACGACCAAUAAAGAUGCCAGAAACUUGCGCUUUAUAUCUUCGAUGGAAAGCAAAAAGUAUCCCAUUUACGGGUUGCAGUUUCAUCCGGAGAAAAACAUCUUCGAGUUCCAAAACAAUACUGGCAUUCCCCACUCCUCAGGGGCCAUUAGAGUCUCACAGUUCUUUGCCACUUUCUUUGUGGACGAGUGUAGGAAGAAUAACAAUAGUUUCCCCGAUGAAUACUCUGAACUGAGAACUUUGAUAUAUAACUAUAAUCCUUUGUACACUGGUAUUAAAGGGUCAUCUUACGAGCAGCUAUAUGCCUUUACUGAAAAUGAUUAUAAGCGGUGCCCUCUAGUCGAUGCCAAAGAAGGAUAAUCUAGUCUUUUUGUGAUAUUUUUUUUAGUUUUAGAUAAAUCUUAAUUUUGUUGUAACUUUUUUCUGCAAGGAAAUAUAUGAUAUUAAAAUAA